AUGUUCACUUCUAGCAAGCCCCUCGUGACAGAGGGAGGCGCUGGAGGCUCUAUCCCCGGGCUGGACCAAGGCAGCAAUGUGGCGUGCCUGCCGGGGACGAAAAGGUGCACGCAAAUGCCGAAUCUGUGUGUGCCUUCAGACAUCCCCUGCAGUGCCAUAGGUGAGACUGUGACAACAACACUUUGCUCUGAUUAUGAAGACGAAAAAAAUGUGGAUGAAAUAUCCAUAAACGGAGCUACUCCGUCACUGCAGCCGUCAGUGACCUUCACGAAGCCGGGUGCACGGGCCUAUAAGAAGAAGAACAUCGUCACUGACGCUGCGUACGUGCAUAGCCAGACGGAUGUUCAGACAUUUCUCAACGCCUUUUGUAGAGCGAAUGCAGAUAAUAAAGGCUGCCAUAGCAAGCCCUUCGUGACAGAGGGAGGCGCUGGAGGCUCCAUCCCCGGGCUGGGCCAAGGCAGCAAUGUGGCGUGCCUGCCGGGGACGAAAAGGUGCACGCAAAUGCCGAAUCUGUGUGUGCCUUCAGACAUUCCCUGCAGUGUUAUAGACGCUGCGAACGUGCAUAAUCAGACGGAUGUUCAGACAUUUCUCAACGCCUUUUGUAAAGCGAAUGCAGAUAAUAAAGGCUGCCAUAGCAAGCCCCUCGUGACAGAGGGAGGCGCUGGAGGCUCCAUCCCCGGGCUGGACCAAGGCAGCAAUGUGGCGUGCUUGCCGGGGACGAAAAGGUGCACGCAAAUGCCGAAUCUGUGUGUGCCUUCAGACAUCCCCUGCAGUGUUAUAGACGCUGCGAACGUGCAUAAUCAGACGGAUGUUCAGACAUUUCUCAACGCCUUUUGUAAAGCGAAUGCAUAUAUAAAAGGCUGCCACAGCAAGCCCCUCGUGACAGAGGGAGGCGCUGGAGGCUCCAUCCCCGGGCUGGACCAAGGCAGCAAUGUGGCGUGCCUGCCGGGGACGAAAAGGUGCACGCAAAUGCCGAAUGUGUGUGUGCCUUCAGACAUCCCCUGCAGUGUUAUAGACGCUGUGAACGUGCAUAAUCAGACGGAUGUUCAGACAUUUCUCAACGCCUUUUGUAAAGCGAAUGCAUAUAUAAAAGGCUGCCAUAGCAAGCCCCUCAUGACAGAGGGAGGCGCUGGAGGAUCCAUCCCCGGGCUGGACCAAGGCAGCAAUGUGGCGUGCCUGCCGGGGACGAAAAGGUGCACGCAAAUGCCGAAUCUGUGUGUGCCUUCAGACAUCCCCUGCAGUGUCAUAGACGCUGCGUACGUGCAUAGCCAGACGGAUGUUCAGACAUUUCUCAACGCCUUUUGUAGAGCGAAUGCAGAUAAUAAAGGCUGCCAUAGCAAGCCCCUCGUGACAGAGGGAGGCGCUGGAGGCUCCAUCCCCGGGCUGGACCAAGGCAGCAAUGUGGCGUGCCUGCCGGGGACGAAAAGGUGCACGCAAAUGCCGAAACUGUGUGUGCCUUCAGACAUCCCCUGCAGUGUCAUAGACGCUACGUACGUGCAUAACCAGACGGAUGUUCAGACAUUUCUCAACGCCUUUUGUAGAGCGAAUGCAGAUAAUAAAGGCUGCCAUAGCAAGCCCCUCGUGACAGAGGGAGGCGCUGGAGGAUCCAUCCCCGGGCUGGACCAAGGCAGCAAUGUGGCGUGCCUGCCGGGGACGAAAAGGUGCACGCAAAUGCCGAAUCUGUGUGUGCCUUCAGACAUCCCCUGCAGUGCCAUAGGAUCCGACAGGUUUUGCGAGCAACCGAAAGCGAUCAACACGAAGCAACGCGUCCUCGUGUGUGGCGACGGAAGCACCGUGUACGUUAUGCUUGGACUGGCUCUCUCCCUAGCGAACUACGUAACCCCCUGGCCAAUCCCUCUGGAACAGGUUGUCACUCUAGAACCUUUCCAGCUUCCAAAGGACAAAAAUGGGAAUAGAAGUGCUUCCUGGGCUCCCAGGCCAGGUGAGGAGAAAAGCCCUCCUCAAUCCGUCAAGGAAAUCUUACCUGGUAAAUAUGAAAGUAUCUCAUAUAAGAAGUACCUUGUAGUAAAAACCAUUGGUGGUGUGUCCAUCGUGGAUCUUGAUAUUUUUGAAGUGCAUUGCAAGAUAGUUGAGGUUGUCAACGGGAUCCACGGAUCACCCCUCAGCGAGAUGGCAGCCUGA